GGGGGGCCGGGGGAGCUCCGGCUCCCGGGGCGCAUCAGGAGGCGGCGCCGCCGCAGCGCGGUGCCCGGCGGUGCCCGGCUCGCCCCAGCCGCGCAGCCGCGGGGAAGGCACGGCGGGCGCGGAGCCGCCGCCGCCAGCUGGGAACCGGCUCGCCCGUCGCUACCGGAGAGGAACGGGAACAACUUUUCGUUGUGUUGUUUUUUUUUUCUUAUUUUUAAAUUUUUUGUAAUGGCUUUUUGGGUCGUCUGACUCGUAAGUGGAAAUAAAAUAUCCACGGGUGCCUCCACGAGGAAAGCUGAGACACUUCUAGCGUGAGCCGUCCGUGAGCUGCUGCCGUUUCUACCGUCCCCGGCUGCCCCUUUUCGCCUGGAAAAAAAAGGUUUUUCUCCUCCGCCCGGAGCCGGCCGGGGAAGGGAGGCGGCGGGGAAGCGCCCGAGCCCGCAGGGACACUGGAGCGGGUGGUGGCAGAACCAGGACACCCGCAAUGGACCCCGCGCUGGUGUGGAUACCGCCGGUCACAAAGGAGAGGAGCGGAGAAGGAACCACCCUGCGACGUUUUAUUGAAGAACCCGUCGCCCCGGCUGCCUCCACGCAUCUCCACCAACAACAUCCCUGCGGCAUCUUCUGGACCAUCGGCGCUGGGAAUAUGAUUCACCGGGCAUGAGGCGUCGUAGUCCCCGAGAGCUACCGGGCAGCACGGCUGGUUGGGCAUCAGCGGGGACGAGCGGGCUGUGCCGCCUCUCUGCCUCGGCUCCCGACAGAAAAUGAGGUGUUCCCAGUUUCCGUGGAGGUGGCCCAGCCCCAGGAUCCAAACCCGGCUCUGAGGAGCCAUCGGUUCAGGGAGGUGCAUGGCUGGAGAGGCAGGGCCUGUCGCUGCAGGGCUCUGCUGCACCGGCUGGAAAACCGUGGCACGGCUCCGGCCCUGUGGGUUUAUUUGCGAGGAGAGGCAGCAGCAAAGUUUUGCAGCCGUGCUCGGUGUUUUCUGAGGGAUGUAUUUGCUCACAAUCGGGCUGUGGUGGUUUGUCUGCCUUUGGUUGCUGAGGUGCAGAUAACCUCGCUAGGGAGUUUUUUUAUAUGUGUGUAUAUAUGUGUGCAUUCUCCUGCUAGGGCUGCUCUUGUUCAGAGGCUGCAGGCUCCUCACCUGGCUGUGUGAUGGUCUUUCAUGGAGGGCAGAGCAUGGCCAUGGGGCUCUGCGGGUGCGGGGACUAAGCCACGUGGCCCGUCUCUCGGUAAGGAGUGUCCUGUGUCUUACUCAGGCUGAUUUUGUAGAAUUUGGCAGUUUUAUACCUCCCUGUGCCCCUGCUGUGUGGUUUUACCAUCUGACAUGCUGGGCACAUGCCACUGCUUGCUGGUCCUGGUUCCCAUACAAUCCUGUGCCACUGCAUCGGGACCUUGGCUGGCAAAACCUUGGCACAUGGGCUCCGAUGCUGGGGUGGUGAGCUGGGAAACAUCCCUGGCAGACGGUUCCUGUCGUCCCAGCCCCUCAGGAGGAAUUUUUCUCAUUAAGGAUCCAUAAAACUUUGACGAGAGGAUUUUCAGGUGCUGAGGGCCAUGCUGGUGUGAGCCAGGUGCUGUUGGGUCAGGCUGCCUCGAAGCUGUAGCAGGAGAGGAAAGCUCUCACUGCGGUGCCUUCUUCUGACCUUGUGUGCAGAGCAGGGAGGAGAAAGCCCUUCCCCGGCUGUAGGAGCCUGGCUUGUUUUCAUGGCUUUAGGAACGGUUUUACUGGCUUUAGGAAUGGUUCUCCUGCUGUCUGAGUGGCUCGGUACCGCUGGGGCAUGUUUUCUGUGCCAGAGCAGCGCGCGCUGCGAGAUGGGCCCCAUUUCAGCCGACCGUAUCACUAAAAAUUGGAAUCUCAGUAUGAAUAUUUAUCGCCAGGCUAGGGCAGAGAAGCCCACGGAAGGAGGAGAUGAGGUGGCUGCUGCCAGGCUGUGCCCCGGGGGAUGGAGCCCCUUUGGGGAAGCCACCACAUCGCCUCAGUUUUAAGCCCCUCUAUUUAUCAGGUUUAUUUGAGCCUGAAACAUGGGUCCAUCCCUGAGCAAGCUAAAGAGGAGCCUGUUUCCUCCUGGUGCUGGUUUUAAUUCCAGCUGGCUGCCUUGCUAGGGAAGGGCUCUGACUCCCAAGGCCGAGGGUCCUGCCUGGUCCCACGACCCCACGGCGGUGGGUCCACACUGGGGAUGAUGCUUUGUGGCUGUCACCAUCCCCGAGCUGCCCCCACGCUCCCGCCGUGCGUGCGGGAUUAGUGCCGGCUCUUUGCAUCCCUGCAAGGCGCCAGAGGGAAUUUUUGCCCCAAGUGGGUUUCCUGUGUGGCUUGAACUUGUGCGGGGAAAAUUCUGGGGUGAAGCCGGGCAGCCCCCUGCUCCCAUCUGCAGCCUGACCCUAUAGCACAGGGAGCUACGGCUUCGGCAAUAAAUGUUUGGUGGGAGCCAGGCCCCCUCUGUUCCCCCUGCUUUCGGGGUGCCAGUCCCACCUUGAGCGUGGCAGGCGAUGGGCUUGGUGGCGAGAGCCUUUUGGGGACAGGGCAGGCUGUCCUUUCCCGACAGGAUGAGCUCCUUUGCUGCCGAUGUCUGAUCCUCGGCUGGAGGGUCCCUGUGCUGUGACCCCCACGGGGAUGCUGCAGCUGGGGGGGGGCGGGCUGGGGGCUGCACCUGCCGGGACCCCCGUUCCCAGCCCCGCCGGCAUCUGGGCCGCCCCAUGUCUGUCUGCAGCAGGCGCAUGCAUGCAAAAAAUAAGACAUUUCUUCUUUCUCUUCUGCCUGCGCAUUCCUCAAAAAGCUAAUAUUCAUGAAAGGUAAUUCAAUCAAACUGCGAUGCCUAUCAGCUAAUGCAGCAAAGCUGGCGCAGGGGUGAGAAUGGGAGCCAGGAACACAAAAGCCCUGUUUUAUUACCUCCUGCUUGCCUGAGAAUUGCUUUUCUCCCUCGAGUGAGCCGGCUAAAGCUGGCUUUAUUAUGUUAACCUAUUUGCGUGUCAAGAGCUAUUGUGCCUCUCUUUAUCUGUGUUUGUAUUUGCUCGAUGCAGGGAAUAAAAGGACGAGGCGAAAAUGGAUGGCUGGUCAGUGCUUUGCACUCUGGGGGCACUGAUUGGUUGCUAAGUGAUUUGCAUCCCCGGUAAUCGCUUUUAUCUCGGAAGGAUGUCGUGUAUAAUUAUAAGCCUACUGACAUCUUUUGAAAUCUGCCUAAUGGGUGUUUUUAAUUUACAUGGGAAGCAGGGGCUAUUUGUGUUGCUCUGAUUACAGGUUGUACAAGUAUAUGGUUUAAAAUAUAGAUAUUUCCGUAGACAUGGGGGACUGUGAGUGAUGGGGCGGUGAUUUUUGGCGAGUCCCUGCUCUCCCGGAGACGGGUGGAAGAGCAGAAGUCGUGGCGGGUUGAGUUUGGGGAUUAAUCUUAUCGCCCACCCCGCAGCCCAGGGUGCUGCUGGACCGUGUGCCUGGCCUGUGCAUCAGCUGUUCCUACAGCUGUGCUGAGAAAUAAAACAAGAGAUGGGCUCUGGGCUGCUGCGAGCCAGACCCUGCUGUGCUGCUCAUGGCCAGGAGCUCCCCUCGGCAGCCCUGGGACAGGGCACGGGGGGGGCAAAUGCCACCGAGCCCUCACGCCAGGUGUCCGUGCCAGCGUGGGGCUGCUGAUGCUGAGCAUCCCUGCUGUGCCAGUGCAGGGGAGCCCAGGGUCUGUGGUUCCCCACUCAGCCCCCUGUGUGCCAGAUGCUUUGCUGGGCCAGGGGGUAAAUAUUAAUAUCUAACGGGUGCCCGGUGCUCCGGCUGAGCCCUGCCAAACCGUGCUUCUCAGGAGCCAUAUGAUCCUGUGUCUUUAUUAGAGCUGCAGCUGGUGGGUUCGCAGAGCCGUGGCAGAGGUGCCGUGUUCACUUACAGCAGAUAAAGCUCCUGAUCGAUCGCCUGUGGUCCUGCUGUUGGCCCUGGGCACCUGCACCCACUGGGCUCCAAACCAGGAGGUGCACCGGAGCCUGCUGAGGUGUUAAUGGGGCUCAAGGUGUGUUUCUGGUGCUGGGGGCACUGACAGUGCUGUGCAUGUAUCUCUUGGGUGUUUGGUGGGAUGUGGAUGCUCCAAAACCAUCCUGUGUGUGCUUGGGUGCGGAGGAGCUCUGGUGUGGAAAGCAGUCCGUCAGGAGCACAGUGGCUGUGCACUUGCUUUCCUGCUUUUGGCUUCCAUGCUGGUAAAUCAUUGUGGUGCUGUAGGGGCUGCCAGGGGAGGGUGGAGGUCUGAGGUGGAGGUCACAGUGACAUGGAGGGUGUUGGGGUCCCUUCCGGGGCUUUGUGUGCCAGGACUGGCACCUCUCAAACACGUGGAGGUCCUAAUGCGAGACGUAUGCUUGUGACGGAUGAGGGUGCAGGGCAUGUCCCAGGGCAGGUUACCCGUGUGGGCAGCUCAGGCCGGCUCCCUUCCACUUCCUUCUCCUUUGGAAAAGACCACACCUGAACCGCGAGCACACACCCUGGCUCUUUGUGGCCAUACACAAGGUGACCCCAUAGAUUUGCCGGGCUGAGGUGUUUUUGUGGCACAUGGCACCGCACGGUGUUCCGUGCCAGUGGGAAAAGCAGGACCCAGGAUGAGUCGAUUGGGUGUGGGUGAGCCCAGGCCCCACACCCCGGGGUGCUGCACCCCCUUGCCUGGGCAGCCCCCUCCCACCUGUCCUGCUGGGCGCUGCUAUUUAUGGCUGACUGUAAACAAACUCCCAAUGAAGGAAAGUUAAUGACCUGAGACUGACGGGAGCCUGCUGGGAAUUUUUAUAGCCCCUGGGACUCCUUUUGCUAAAGAGAGAAUACAGCAGUGUUUUAACCCGAAAUGGCAAGCUGGUGCCGGAACCGGAGGACAGCCCCAGCGUGGGGAGGCAUUUCUGAGGGGCUGCCCCUGGGUGAGGAGGGGGGUUUCAGUGGGGGGACAUACCUCUUGUCCCUGUCCCCCUGUGUGGAACAGGGGUGCGCAGUCCCCUCCUCGCCCUGGCACGUCCCGGGGGCCGAGGCUCUCCAGGGCUUUCACCAUCUGCCUCUUGUAGGUCAUUCUGCUGUGCUCCAGGCUGCAGCGAGGGCUGGCUUAGCAGCACUGCUCACCGCACACUAAUAACGCCUUAAUACCCUGCGGCGGGGAGAUUGUGCUGCCAGAAAUAUUCGUAUUGCUUGUGGAAUUCAACCUUGGUUGCAUGAUGAGGGUGCCGUGAGGAAGAGGGGAUUGCUGCGGUAUGGGGUGCUCUGCUGCCCUGCACGGCCAUUGCGUUUAAUAUCCCGUCCUGGCUAAUUGCAGGGUAUGAGUAUUGCUGUCGGUGCUCUUGAGGGACGGGGUGGCGAGCACGGCAUGGGGUGCUCUGCUUGCUCCGCUCUCACCUGCUGCCUUCACACCGCCUUGAACGCACAGCCUCCCUCUGCGCACGACGCUUGAUUUACUGAGAAGAACUGGCAGUUAAACCUGACAAAUUGAAGGUGGUUUUAAGUGGUUCAGGUUAAUUAAUAGUCAGGGAAGUAUCAGUUUUUUAAGGGAUGCUCUUGGCUUGUGCGUAGAACUGGAACUUGACUUUGCCUCUGGAUAACCCUGUCCGCGGUGGGUCCCCUGGGCAGGGGGACAGAGCUGGGCUCGGUGACAUUGCUCUUUGCUUUCUGACCCCACAGCCUUGGACUUCUGCUUCAAUUUCUUACCAUGUGUGGCUGAUGCCGAGGGACACACUGGGAUGGGGUGUCCUGCGUGGCAGCAGUACCACAGCCCUGCCACUUGGCUCAGUGCCCUUUGGGGCUCCGGUUGUCCUCUCUCUCUUCACAAUGACUGGAUGUCACCGAGCUCCGUGCUGUGGCAGCAGCACGGGCUCUUACAGCCAUGCCGCUCCAGUAACCGAGUGCUUUGGCCAUGGCCACCUGUAGUGGCGCAGACGGGUGGCCGUGGUGUCCUUUCUCCUGUGGGGGACCUGUGUGUGAGCACCAGCAUUAAUGGGACCAUCGAGCUCCAUCCUGGGCUGGGACUGGAGGGAGCUGGUGUGGAUGAAGCGGAGCAGCAUCCACUCCCCUCAGGUCGUGUGUGCAUCACCCAGAUGCUCACAUCUGCUCGCAUCUGCUGGGGGGAUGCUGCCCAGGGUUGAGAUUCUAAAAACAUCCUAAUGAAAGAAGCUUAAACUUCCCUGUAAGAAGGGGAGGUAGUAAAGCGGCAGUGACCAAGCACAGAAAGCCUCUGAGUUGUAUAUGAUAAAAACACAAUGGUGCGGGGACCCGAGCAGCAUCUGUGAUGGUCUCGGUGCCCCGGUGACGUGGGGUGUGACAGUGAUGGGCACCUCCAGGCGCUCGCUUGGGGCCGUGUCCUGGCACAUCCCAAAGCCUUUUUCAGGCCACAUGCUCCGUAUUCCCCAGCGCAGACUGGGAUGUGGGUGGAAGUGGUGGUUUUUCAGCAGCCCAAACGCUUGGGAAUAUGAGAGAUUAAGGUUAGUGACCAUUUUUUAAACUCAAUAAAGGGGAAGACAAGCCGGAGUCUGCAGUCCAGAGAUAUAAUUAGUUCGCAGCAGUGGUGCUUUCUUGAUUUAGCUUCAGAGAGCAGAACAAGACAAGGAUGUUAUACCCAAUUAGCAAUAACAUACAGUCUGAGCCUCGCUAGGUGAGAUAACAAGCCAUUUUUAUAGCUCUUCUUUACAGACUUUUUUUCGGGAAGUGGGGGGAAGGAGGAAAGGGACCGAGUCUUUAUUUCUUUUCAUCUGGGAACAAUUAUUACUGAGCUCAGAAAGCCCAAAGCUGAGUGAUAUGUCGGCCAACACAGAUGAUAAAAAAAAAAAAAUGAAAAGCUGAAACAGCCUGGAGCUGGGCUGAGGCCGCUUGCUCGUCUGUCCCGGCGGGCUGCGCAGUGACCCCGGCAAGGCAAGGACACAGGCAAGGGCCACCCACGCACCGUGGAUGUGUCCUGGCUGCUGCUGCGAGGGUUGGUGGCACGUGGACUGGCAGCACCGCUCCCUGCCUGGCUAUGCCAGGUCACCCCACGGGCACCCCGGUCCCCAGCAAUGUGACCCCAGCCGUGUCCCCUGCAUGGCACCGGUCAGCUGCCUGCCACCUGCCAGGGACACGUUCUCGCUUUCUGUUGCAGAUCGAUGGCCAUUGAUUUUUCCUGCUGUGUAAACCUGGAUGGGUUGGGGCUGUGCAGUGUUUUCGUGCACGUCUGGCUCCGUGGUCGGAGCAUCUCACUCCCCCUCACAAAGCCUCUGUGCAAACUCAAGGACACCCAAAAAGCCCUGUAAAAAGUGUAGGAAACUCAGGUUUCAUUAAUCAGCUUUUAAUAAGGGGCUUUGUGGCUAUGUGGGUUAUGUACAGCUGUGCUCCCCAGGGCAGCACCCCGUGAGGAUGUGGCUGUAUUUGGGGCACCCAUGGGUGCAGGGUGACCCAGUGCCUCCCUCUGGGCAUGGCCAGUGUGGGGCGUCCUUGGGGACACCCCAGCCCCAGAGGGGUCUCAGGGUGGGAGAUAUUUUCCCUCCUGGUUGUUGUCUCCCUCCAGCCACCCGUCUCCCAUGGGGCAGAGCCAGGGGACGGGAUGGCUCCCGGGAGGGCAGGGGGCUGCUGUCUCCUCCCCUGUCCCCCUGUCCUUCCCACCCCCUUGGCAGAGAGUUGGUGGGCAGUGUCCCCUACCAGGGGACCCCUCUUGUCCAUCUGUGUCCCCCCCAGCCCACUCUAGCACGGUGCUGAUGGGGACAGGGAUGGGGACAGCGUGGCUCUCGUCCCCACCACGCGCCGGGAGAAGCCGCAGAGCCACUCUCCGGACUAUUAACGCCCCACAAUGAUCAUCAGCUCUCGUCAUAAUCAUUAAGACUAUUAGAGAGAAAUGUUGGCUUGCAGCUAAUGUCAGACUUUCCGUUCUGCUUUGCAAACGCGCGCAAUUAAUGCCAAUCAGCCGGGGGAGGCAGCCAGCUCGCAAUCACGGCUGCUCCGGCGCGGCUGUCAGCUCUUGCCAUCCCCGAUCGUACAUUUUCAUACAAUUGCUAUAAACAUCCCAGGGAAACUCCGCGUUCUUCGGCGGGCGCGGGUAUUGUUCUCUGUUCCUUUUAAUUACUCGGCAUUCAGCAGCUCAUCCGGCCUCGAAUCGGUGGGGGGAAGUAAGGCUUUGUAAAACAAAUGUAUAAAUCUUGAGAGAUGCCUUAUUUUCCCAUUCGGUGGCUGCGUUAGGUUAUCUACCGCCAAAUAAGAAAAGCCUGUUUAAUUUUUCUCUGGCUUUUCUUCUCCCCCCCCUUCUCUGUGUUGCUUUCUCCCCAUGGGGACACAGGCUGGUCUCUCUCACCCAGGGAACCCCAAAAGCAGGGUGAGCUCUGGAGAAGGGAAAGAGAUGGAAUUGCUUGACCGGAUGGUGUUAUAAUCCUUGUUACAAAAGUACACAUCAAUUAUAAGAAUUCCUACAGUAAUCUUAGAAAUCUAUCUUUUCUGCUGAACCAGCUCAUUAGAGAGCACCAUUCAUUUCCAUCUCGCCGGGUGAGAAGGGUUUAAAUCUCCAGAGCUUUGUAUUACAAAAUAGACUUAGGGUGAUGGACUCUCGUUAAAUAUUAAAAGAAAGAAGUUCAUUUUUUUUUUUUCCCCUCUUUUCCCCCAGACUGGCGGCACAGACAAAGCGUAACGUAGGGAGGAGAGGGUGGGGGGGUCCCCGCUGUGAAUAGCUUCCCCAUCUGUCGCGGGUGAUGCGGGGCCGUGCUCAAUGGGCGCCUUUGAGGACCCCGCACCUCCCCUCGCCCGGGGACCCCGCCAGCGCCGGGGGAGGAGGGAGGGAGGUUUCCCCGGGCCGCACUGGCAAGUCCCCGAGCCUGCGCCAGCCACGGCCGCCGGCACAGCCAGAGCUUUUGUCUGCCCGCGGGGCGAGUGACGGGCACAGAGCCCCUUUGUGUGCAGCUGCUCCCUGAGGCGAGCCGGGGCAGCGGCGACGGAGCGGGACACGGGGGUGGGCGGUGGGGAUGGGGAGCUGGUACUUGGGGAUGGGGAGUUUUGGUACCCAGGGAUGGGGAGUGGGAUGCAGGGAUGGGGAGCAGUGGUGGGGAUUGGGAAUUGGUACCUAGGGGUGGAGAGAGGGGGUACCCAGGGCCUGGGAGCGGGACCCAGGGAUGGGGAGCAGCGGCCGGCCGGGCUCGAGGGCGACGCGGGGCGAUGUGUGCGCUGCCGCAGAGGCUCUGUGCAAACACGUUAAUUUGUUUUCUUUCUUGCCUCGCCUUUCAGGGUAAUUGGUUGCAUUUGAAGCCUUUGUGAAAGCCUUUGAUUAUAGUAAUUUCAGCAGCGCGAUCUACCCUGGAUUCCUUCGUCAGAUUCUUUCACAGCUCAGGCGCUCGGGGCUGUAAUUACCGAGCGGCGUGUGCCCGGCCGCCGUGCGCGGUGCAGCCGGGUGGUGCUGGCCAGCCUGGCCACCACAGGAGCCGCAGGUCACCGCGGGGCAGGUGAGCCCCUGGGACAGAGCAGGAGGAGCCAUGCUGGGAGCUUUGGUCUCUGUGGUGUCCAGUGUGUUGGGUCUCAGCUGGGACGUGGGUGCUGCAGGGGGUGGACACCAGGGUGCUUUUAAUUGUUGCCUUUUUUUCUGGUUUGAUCCUGUGUCUCUGCUGGGCUGGGGCUUUGGUCCUGUGAGGAUCCCAAGCAUCCAACUCUCGCUGCUGGGGAUGAUGGGCAACUCAGUGGGCUCAUCCCCCGGCCCCUCUCCAUGUGCGGGAUGGACACACAGCGUGACCGUGUUAGAUGAGAGAGGCUUUGUGCCAAGGGGCUGGCGAGGCCCCCUGGGGGCAGCAUCCCUCCUGCUCCCUGCCACCAAAUGAGCGGGGACACAUCUGUACAGGCAGAUCCUGCCGGGACCCUGGUGCCCGCAGCCAGGAUCGGGCUCUGCCAAAAACCCCACAGGCACCCGGGCAGGACCUUUGCUAACGGGGCUGUUCCCCCCCUCACUCCUGCCAUUCCAUUCCUGGUUCCACGUAAUGACCUUCUCGGCAGCACCAUGCCAGCGUCUGCCACUUCCAAUUACCCAGCGCCGGCUCAGCGCCGCGGCCUCUCCUCACCUUGCGGCGGCACCGGGGCUUUGUCCUCCCCAGCAGCGCAGCAGGGGCACCUCACACUGGGUCCCCCACCCUCCUGGCUUGGGGACCCUCGGGGACCUGCCAGUGCUGCCCUGGGCCCCAGCUGCCCUGCCCCAGGCGCUGGAGACACUUGGGUUUCCAGAAUCAUUAUUAACCUGUUCGAGAGCUGUUCUCGCAGCUAAAAUAGAUCUUUAAUCUCUGCCCAAAAUAGCUCGUUUGAUGAGAGGCCUCCUUAAAGCUGACACAUAAAUUUAACCAGGCUGCCCAAGCCCUGCGCGAGGAUGUCUGCAAACGCUCAACAGCACUUGAAUUGUUGGGUUUUUUUUAAUUCCAUCGUUACGGGCAGAUCUGAUACCUUAUUUCUUCCAUCGGGUUUUUUGUAGUGGUCAGGAGGCAAUUUGCUUUUGUGUUCUGCUGUGGGACGUGGUGUCCAUGUCUCUUGUCCCAGCCUUCCUGGAACCGCUCAUGAGAAAAAGGAUAUUUUGUUGUGUUUUUUGGUAUUUUUUUGGUGUUGAUGUUCUUAACAGUCCAGGGCUUCUCCUUGGAGCCACCCCCGGAGCAGUAAUCUCAGCACUGAGUGGGAUGGGUGAGCUGGGGGUGCUGUCUGCUCGGUGCCAGCGGGCACUGGGCUCACCCAGGGCACCUCCCCCGUGUCCCCACAGAGCAGAAGCAGCCCAGUGGGUGUAGGUCGCUCCCCCAGCCCCCCAAAACCCCCACUCCCCCUGUGACAUCCUGAGCAGCAAAAUAAUCACUUCCAGCAUCAUGAUCCGUUGCAAACCCCAGCUUCCAAUUUUAAUCAGAGGAGCUGGUGUUGCUUUAAGAUCUUCGGGUUUUAAAGAUCACAAGAGGGGUUAGAGAAAAUUACCCUUGACUCUUACAUGCUAAUGUAAUCUCUAACCAGAUCUGCAGCACUGCAGCUAAAAUUGCUUUUUAGAUUAACAUUUAAUUAUUAACAGGGCCCCCUGAAAGGCCCGGGGCUGGAGCACGUGGAGGGGAGCGGAUUAGGUGGGCGGGCUGGCGCGGCGGCCGGGCGCGGGGAAGGUCGCGGUGUGGCUGGCGGCACCGUGCCGGGCUUUAUUGCCGCCCUCGGCACGGCGGUGGCAAACUUUCUGCUUUAUUUUAUCUGCUGCUCCUUGUGAUUUACGGUGGGGUGACCUUUCCUGCGCUCGCCUGUUGCAGGACCGAGCUGCAGCGUCGCUCACCGAGCGCCGUGUUCCCUUCGCCACCUCAACCCAGGCACCGUAAAUCUGCUGCUGGGUGGGAGAUGGGCACGAGCUGGCAGGGCCAGCAGUGCUGCAGUGCCAAGUGGCAGUGCCAGCCAAAACCCUGCUCACCCUUUCUGUGCACAGAGAGGAAGCCUUCCUCCUCUAGCACCUCCUCAUCCUCAGAGGAGGGAUGUGUCUGAUGGGAAACCAGUGUCCCUGGGGAUUGGGGGCAGUGGGAGCUGCUGUGCAAGGGCAGCACCAGUGUCUGCAGGGCCACAGGGAAGGGACAACGGAGUCUUCUCCAUCACAGUGCAGAGGGACAAGGCAUGGGGCUUUGAUGCCAGCCUUGGCGUGGAUCCCGUGCUGUCCGUCCGUCUGUCUGGCAGUGUCAGAAGCCUCGUGCGCCUUUCCUGGCUGGGGUGACCCAGUCACCUCCUGUCCUUGUGCCAAACCCAGACCUGUCUGAAUAGCUGUGAGGAGACGCAGUGGUGUGACUCACAUGGCUUCUCAGCAUCCCCGCUCCUGCCCCCCUGUCCCAGCCUCGAAUACUCCCUUUUUAUGGCUUUGCAUCCCAGGUCACCCCGGUUACUACUCCUGGGGAGGGAUGCUCGCACAUUGCACCAGAGCCUGGCUGGUGACCAAGACCUUGGCCCUGGUGCUGGGGCUGCCUGCCCCCCCUGCCCAGCCAGUGGCACAGACCCAUUUCAGGCUGAGACUUUAAAAAGUUCGCUUUUUUUUUUAACUCCCGCCUCCCGUCACAUUUUCUUUUAUCUAAAUCCUCGCCUGCAAAAGCCUCUAUCGACAGCUGCGCUGGCCUUAUCUCGCCGGAGGGACCUUCGUGGGUCUCUCAGAGGAGAUAAGCCCCGACUUAUCAGCCGCUGAUGUCAGCGGAGGUGCCAAACCCUCCUGUCACAGGGACUUUAGACAUAGAGGGUGUGGUGGUUUUUUUUAAUUCUUUAUUAAAGUCACAAAGACCUUGGGCUUAUAAAUAGUGAGAUGUGGAGACAGAGCUUCAAAAUCAGCUGUCCUGGAGGUGGGGAUGGGAAGGAGCCAUCUGAGAGGGGCUGGGGAGGGAUGGAGGGAGACAAUGCUGGGGCUGAUGUUCCUUGGGGACCCUGUUCUGUGUAUCCCCGAGGGCCCCUCUCCUGGCAUCUCCAGGAGUGGGACCGGCUGUGGCGCUGGCCGGACCAUCAGCAGAGCCCACACAGACUCAGGGCGGUUCGGCAAAACUGCUGAGUGUUGCUUUUCCUGCCACACGAAAGAGCCAGAGCAGCUUGAACUAAAUCGGAUCCUGCUGAUUGGAAUUAGUUCAAAUGCAGAUGGAGCUAACUAAGCCGGCGCUAAGCGUUCGGCCAGCCCAGUGCCCAAUUCCCAUCAGCUGAUUCAGGGGCUUUGCCGAGUGGCAUUAAGGAAAUGCCACCGCGGCACAGAUGCCCAUUGUGCCGGGUGCCCUCCUGCUCGCCUGUGGGUCCACAAGAGGGCCAGGAGGUGCCAGGACAGAGGGACAGUGUCACAGUGUCGUGACAUGUGCGGCACCAGGACCCUCACAGUGACAAAGAGCGCCCAUGAAGGUGGGCAUGCAGCAUAACGCACAAAAAAUCAUCUCCACUGUGUGACACUGCGUGAUGGGGACAGAACUGGGGUCUGGAUAAAUUGGCAGCUUUAUUCAGUUUGGUGUGUGGCUUCUGUGUCUCUCCUGGCUGAUGCUGGUGAUGCUAUGCUGUGUGUGGCCAAGGUUGGGACAGCUCUGGGGGGUGCUGGGCUCUGCAUGGGCAUGUGGCCGGUCCCAGGGUGCAGUGGUUGGGAGAACACCCGUGCCACCAUGGGGGUGUCCCAGGGCCAGCUCCUGUCACCAGCCACCAGCAUCGCCCCUGCACCAGGGCUGCAUCCUCACCCUCCCUCCUGCCAGCACCCUUAUUUGGUGCCACAGCAGCGGCCGCAUCCUACCCCAUGGGGGCUGAGGGGCCUCUCUGCUCACCCCGUGCCACUCCAUCCCAUGGGUGCUUUGUCCUCGCUCUCAGUCCCCUUGUCCCCAGGGACCAGAAGGGACCUGACGUGCAUCCAGCAGCAUCACGAGCUGCCCACAAACCCAGGGACAGGGACAUGGGGCAGUGUCCCGGUGAGAAGCCGACCUCACUGCAGGGGAGGAGGUGACGUCUGCCGGCUAAUCGGCCAGAUGGUGACAGCCGGUGGGACACCAGCCCCGAGGUCACUGCGUAGGUGAGGCUCAGGUACCCGAUGCAGCCAUCCCCCGUAUGGCCCUGGGUGCCCUGACCUGGGUCUCCCCCGCACAGGGAUGGGGUCGGUGUGACAGCUCCCCGGUGUGGAUUCCACUGCUGGCGCGUGCCGGGGGUGCCGAGAUGUGCUGGGAGCAGGGCCGCGUAAUGCACCCCGAGUCCCGGCGGGGAGAGGCGGGCUCCCUGGCAGUCAAAUGCGCUCAGCCUCUGAAUAAGAAGCACUUCAUUCUCUUUUCAAACUGUAUAAUUUCUGCCUGAUUGUAAUGGCAUAUUUUAAAAUUACCAGAAAUCGAAGCCAGAAAAUGGAUACGGCUGCUUUUACUGCAAGCUGCGUUAACAAAGGAUAUGUAAUGCAUGAAAUAAAAACACCUCCCUGCCCCCCUCCUUUUUUUUAAGACAGUAAUAGGAGAAAAUUGGUUUUGAAACUGAAUAAAAGUCCCUUUCAGAGGAAAUCAUUUCUUUCAGGGUACCUUUGCUGAAAGUAAAAUAGUGAAUAAUGAAAGGUGGUUACAUGAUUGUCUUUCAUUUAGAGAGCGCGAGGACAGAUGGAAUCUGGGAGAAAUGCACGAUUGGAAUAAUUGCAUGGUAACAAGGCGCUUGUUGUGAAAUUAGUAUCUUAAGAAAGUAGUGAAAAAGGCUUUUACUCAUGAAUACUUCAUUAUUAGGAGAAAACAGCACAAUUUGGGUUCUCCAGACACCUGCUUGAUAUGAGAUGAGUUCCUCCUCCCCUCCUUCUCCUCACACCUUGUGCUAAUGAGUCUCUCCCUUGCAGAGCCAGGGGGGACGGGGUGAGACCCCCAGUCCCCUCGGCACUUACCCCCUGAGUGGGUCUCAGCGCCACCGUCCAGCUUGGGGACAAGCCCAGAGCCUGGGACCCCCUGGCCCGGUGGUGGGGACGCGGGACAGGAGCGAGCGGCAAGUACAUUAGUACCGUCAUCUGGGCACCGCGGUGGCUGCGAAGGCGUCUCCAAGGGUGACGUUUAGCCCGGCAGAGCAAGGAGAGCCCUGGGCACAGCUCGACAAGCGUCUGUCAGGGCUUUGCUGCCCGGCGGGUGACAGUCACAGGCUGUGCCAGCGUGUGCCUGAGGCCACUGUGCAGGGUCACCGCUCACCAGUGCCGGGGUGUGCAGUAAACGUCUCGUCUGCCGGAUGGCUGCAGGAGGAGGUGGUUUCACUGUGACAAAGUGAUGUACCUGGCUGUGCCACCUGGACACAACCCGCAGCCGUGACACCAGCCAUGACACCCGGCUGUGACAUCUACCCGUGACUCUCAAGGUUCAGCGGGGGGACUGAUGCCUCAGAAGCCACGACGCCGGGGGCCAGGCAGCGGUGCUGGCAUUUCUGCUGCUCCUGCCCACAUCCUGCUGCCCUCUCUGAGCAGAAUCUCGCUCCCACACCAGCCGGAGCCGUGGGAGGGUGUCAGAAGCAACCGGCUAUAAUUCAUGCCCUCGGCGGCGGUUCCUGAAGGAUGUACAAUUAGCGGAGCGGCGGCAGCGAUGACUUUGGCCUGACCCCUCCAGCUUUUGUUGAGCAGAUUUUGAUGCCAGCUGGGAGCUGGCGACAGAUCCCAGGACCCCCAGUGGGAUUUUAACACCAUCUUUGGAGCCGGCGGGGUUGCUGUGUGCUGGGCGGCGCCGGCUGGCACACCAGGAGCACGGUGCUGGAGGGAUGCUCCAUUCCCAGCAGGAAGGGACGAAAGCUUUGCUGGAAGCACAAAUCACCCACCGAGACCUUCGUAUUUAUUUUAAAUGCAUUCGUAUUUACUUAAGGCUUUCGGAGUUAUUUAUUUAUCUCCAAAGGAGCAAAGGGCUCUGAGCAGCGCGUGCCCACAGUUGGUGCCAGGAGCUCGGCGGCUCCAUCCAGCUCCGCUGCCCAGCGAGCGGGUGGGUGGGCAGCGGAGUGGGCAGGGGGGCGACAGGUGGGUCCCCUGACCUGACCCAUGUCUCUUCUCUCAGCAGGACGUGGGGCAGUGGUGGGGGCGGCUCUGCCCCCCGGGACACCCCAACCAUGCUGGCCUGUCUGCAGAGGACCCAGAACCCCCCGGCCCAGCACCUCCCCUGCCCCAGCAAGGCGCUGGAGCCGCGCAAGUGCGAGUCGGUGGCCCCCAUGCAUUCCCCGCGCUACCCCAGCCCCGCCGAGCUGGAUGCCUACGCACAGAAGGUGGCCAACAGCCCGCUGACCAUCAAGAUCUUCCCCACCAACAUCAGGGUCCCCCAGCACAAGCACCUUAACCGGACGGUCAACGGCUAUGACACCACGGGGCAGCGCUACAGCCCCUACCCCCUGCAUGCCGGUGGCUACCAGGGGCUCCUGGCCAUCGUCAAAGCCUCCGGCAAAAGCGUGGUGAAGAACUCGGAGGGGAAGCGGACUAAGCUCUCUCCCGCGCAGGUCGGCGUCGCUCCCUACCCCACCUCAAGCACUUUAGCUCAAGGGCCCUCCUGUGCCGGGCAGCUGAGCUACCACGGCAGCCAGAAGCAGCUGGAGGGUCCCGUGCCCCCCAAUGUGACGGUGGCAGCCUCGGUGCUGCCGCUGGCGGGCAGGAGCCUGGCGCUGCCACCCUCCAACCUGCCCUCCAUCCAGAGCAUCAUCUACCAGAUCAAUCAGCAGUGCCAGGCGCAGGGUGCCCAGCCGGGCUGCCCAGCCGCUGUGGCCACCAACCCCAGCCCAGCCAAGCACGGCGCAUUCACUGGCACCGCCGCCUAUGCCGGCAGCGUCCUGCCAGAGUGCCGAAAGGGUGCCGAGCUGGCGCUGGGCUCCAACCCAACCCUGGGAGCCAAGGCGGGCAUCUACCCUGAGGGCAUGGACUACCUGUUGUGGCAGCAGAAGCAACAGCAGCAGCAGCACCUGCGGAUGUACAGUGGGGGCAGCGGCGGCGGGGGAGCCCUCAGCAAGUCCCCCGAGACAUGCGUGGGGACCUCGCGCCCCUACGCCCUGGGCAGUGCAGCUGAGAAGGUGAGCUCAUCCCCUUUGAACUGCAUGCACGGCAACUUCGCGGUGGGGCAAUACUUUGCGCCUCCUUGGAACAGCAUCUUGGUGACCCCCAAUAGUGACUGUUACAACCCACCGGAGUUGGGGCCCCGGGAUCUGGGGGUGCCCGCAGGCGAAGGGCUGCCCAGCAAGACCCUCUGCAAUACCUCCAUCCUCAGCAGCAGCCUCCAGUCCCUGGAGUAUCUCAUCAACGACAUCCACCCGCCCUGCAUCAAGGAGCAGAUGCUGGGCAAGGGCUACGAGACGGUGUCGGUGCCGCGGCUCCUGGACCACCAGCACGCCCACAUCCGCCUGCCCGUCUACAGAUAAGGAACCCUCGCGGCUUUUCCCAAAACCCAGGGCCAGGACUUUGGCAGGAGCCGUGCUCCCCUCCAGCACCGCGCGGGUACCGGACCGUGGCAGCGAGGGCAGGGGGACGGGGAGGGGGACACGGGUUUGGCGGCUGAAAGGGCUCCCGGGACACUGGUAUUUCACUGGGGUCCCCAGACUGGAUCCACCCGCAACCCACUGGAAGCUGAGGACGAAGGACUGCUUGUCUAUAGAGCUCAGAAAUCAUUUUUAUCUCCACGAAUGUGAACAGGGAAUUGCUACGAGUUGCUGCUAUCCAGGGAGAGGAGGCUCCGCGGGCGCCCGGCCGGAUCGGUGCGGGGCAGAGCCCCGGGCCGGGGGCCACCGGCAGCCGGUGCUGGCGCGGUGGCCGCAGGGAGCUCACACCUGACCUGUAGCUGAAGUCCAUAACUUGCACUGCUUUGAUUAAAGCUAAUAAUUGGGGACAGUCUGGAAGCUAUUUAAGAAAAAACACUUGAAAACUUGAACAGAUUUUUUUUGUUUUUUAAUUUUUUUCUUUUUUUUUUAGUUGACUAGGCUGUACAUCGACAUGUUGGCUGCUACAGUCUCUUCCUCCCUCUUCCCCUCUUGCCCGGCCCCACGUUGGCCACCGGCUCCUAUUCCCACCCAACUGGGACCGCCCAGCCCUGCAACACCCCCGGUAACCCACCCAGGGCUCACAUUUCCAGGCUGUUUAUUUUCUUGCCCCUUUAUUGUCAGUUCUACCUUGGUUCUGGGUUAGAGGUGAUCACAGUACCAGGGGUGCUCACAUACCUCCUUUUCUCUUUUUUUCUUUUUAUUUUUAAAAAAAGUUCCGAAAUGCUCAUUAUGGUCCAUUAUUCACUAUGUGUAAUUAUGUGUUUAAUAGAUUUAUUCAUUUAAAAAAGGCUCUGCACCGCAAGAUACAAAGUGUUUUGAUGUUUAAAGGAAAAAUACCCUGAUGAAACCCAAGGUGAUUGUGCUCGGAAAAGAGGUACUGUAUCCCUGAAAGGCCUGUUCAAGCACUAAGUGCAUUUACAAAUCUCUGAGAAUGUUUUUUUUUUUAUACUAAAAUUGACCAUUAUAUUCUACUGUGAGAAGUGCUGGCUGCACUAUAUUGUUUUAAAAAUGAGAGAAAACAAAUGAAAAAAAAAAAAAAAAAACAAACAACCUGCAAGCCGUGUGUCCGGAUGGUGUUUUUCCCAAAGUAAAACCAGGAUCUCACUGGA